AUGGAGAGUGAAAAGAGGGCUGAGUUGAAAAGUUUACUGGAAAUUCUACCUCCUGUCGAUUUCUGCUAUAUAUAUGGCUGCAUACUCCAUCCAAAUAAUCUUGACAAGACUUCCAUGAUAGAUUACAUUAUAGGUGUGCAAUAUCCUCAACAAUGGCACACUGAGAUUGCCAAUGUUGCAGAUACUAUUGGUGUUGGUGUGCACUUCAAUCCAUUUGUUGCUCACAAUGACAAGGCGUUCAGAUAUGGUGUUGAUCGAAUGCAUGAUUUGAUUCAGGACAUUCUAGGAUGGGAGAGAUUCUACCUGGGUGGCCGGUUGCAGAAACCUGUUAACAUCCUUGUGGACGAUCUGGCUGUUGAAAAUCUGAACUGUGUUAAUCUGAAGGCUGCCACCUCUGCUGCUCUCCUUCUUUUGCCAUCAAAAUUCAGCGAGGCUUACUUUUUAAAUAAAUUUGUAGUCCAGUAUAGAGAUCCCAGUUUACUUACACACCCCUAG